GAACCAGACUACAGAACCAGACUACAGAACCAAACUACAGAACCAGACUACAGACUAAACUCAGACUCAGGCUGUAGCAGGCCGUUUAGAAAACAGCAGAGGAGUUUAAUGAGGAAGGGACAGGAUGAUGAUGAUGAUGAUGAUGAUGAACACUCCUGGACAGCAGGGGGCGGUAUGCUCCUAAAAGUUGUUUUCGAUCCGCCAUUAAACACAAAGAAGAAGAAGAAACACGGAAGUAAUCCGCAGCAGAGAUUACCUUCAGACUGACCUGAGAUCCUCCAACAUGGCCGACGACCUCUGGCAGAACGCCAUGGACCACGCCGUGACUGCUGCCCGGAGAGCUGGAGAGGUGGUGCGGGACGCCCUGCAGGUGGACAGGAAGGUGAUGACGAAGAGUUCGUCGGUUGACUUGGUGACACAGACGGACCAGAAGGUGGAGAAACUCAUCAUCCAAUCAGUGAAGGACAAAUUCCCCUCACACAGGUUCAUAGGGGAGGAGUCUGUGGCGGCAGGAGAGCGUUGCGUUCUGACUGACGAGCCGACCUGGAUCAUCGAUCCGAUCGACGGGACGACAAACUUUGUUCACGCAUUUCCUUUCGUUGCUGUUUCUAUCGGAUUCUGUGUCAACAAACAGGUGGAGUUUGGCGUGGUGUACAGCUGUCUGGAGGAUAAGAUGUUCACGGCCAGGAAGCAGAGAGGAGCAUUCUGUAACGGAGAACCUCUACAGGUCUCUGAUCAGAAAGACAUCAAACAGUCGAUGAUCGCCACGGAGUUCGGAUCGAACCGAGACCCCGACACGGUGAGCGCCAUCUUUACCAGCCUGAAGAACAUCGUCUCCAUCCCAGUACACGGGGUCCGUGGAGCAGGAACAGCAGCUGUCAACAUGUGCCUGGUCGCCUCGGGAAGCGUGGAAGCUUACUACGAGAUCGGGAUCCACGUUUGGGACAUCGCUGCAGGCGCGUUGAUCGUCUCAGAGGCUGGAGGAGUCCUGAUGGAUGUCGAGGGUAAGACUAUGUUGAGGGUUGAUGUUUACAUGUUGUUGUUUAU